UUACCCAUUUCUUCUUCUCCUCUCUUCUUCCUCCAUCCUCUCCAGAUCAAGAAACCGUGUCCUAGAAACCAUCGAGAUCGCCCGCUCCCCUUUCAGAUCGUCGAAAGGCGGUGGCUUUCGGAGGUUUCCGUGCUCUCCUCAUCGCGACGAGUCGAUCGGCGUGCGGAUCGGGCAGUGUUUUUUUUUUUCCGGUUGCCGGCGAGGCAACGGUGUUCUUCUUGGAUCGGGAGUUGUUUGGCUUGUUGAGGUGUGGAAUGGUAGCCGAGGCGGAGGUGAUGCAUCAGGCUGCCGUGCCGGUGCUGGAGGUGCAGUACCACCGGUGCGUGGCCAAGGGGGUCGAGGAGGUCGUCGGGAUGUCGGCGGCGAGGGUGGCAGCGCCAGCGGAGGUCGGGGUUGAGGUGGACGUCGCCGUUGAGUUGCCUCACCUGAGGUUGGAGGAGUGUGAUGCUGCACCGAGUGUGUCUGUGGAGAUGCUACAGUUUGUGCCCAACAUUCGGUCGGGCAGCUUCGCUGAUAUUGGACCUAGGAGGUACAUGGAAGAUGAACACAUACGGAUAGAUGAUCUUUCUGCUCAUCUUGGCUCGCUGUUGGUCUGCCCUUUGCCUAGUGCCUUCUAUGGGGUUUUUGAUGGCCAUGGAGGUCCGGAUGCUGCAGCCUACAUGAAAAGGCAUGCAAUGAGGUUCCUCUUUGAGGACAGUGAGUUCCCACAAGCAUCGCAAGUCGAUGCAAUAUAUCUUCAAUCUGUUGAGAACUCUGUUCGCAGGGCUUUCCUGCAGGCAGAUCUUGCUCUGGCUGAUGAUUUGGAUAUCAGUCGCUCUUCUGGAACCACGGCACUCACUGCAUUAGUCUUUGGGAGGCAACUGUUGGUUGCAAAUGCUGGGGACUGCCGCGCAGUCCUGUGCCGGAAAGGCAUAGCAAUGGAGAUGUCUCGAGAUCACAGGGCAAACUAUGUUGAGGAGUGUGAGAGGGUUGCCGCAUCAGGGGGAUACAUCGAGGACAGCUAUCUCAAUGGUGUCCUCUCAGUGACACGGGCUUUAGGGGACUGGGACAUGAAAACCCCCAACGGCUCGACAUCUCCUCUCAUCGCCGAGCCAGAGUUCCACCAGACCAUGCUUUCUGAGGAUGACGAGUUCCUCAUCAUGGGCUGCGACGGGGUAUGGGACGUGAUGACCAGCCAGCACGCGGUGAGCAUCGUCCGGCGGGGGCUCCGUCAGCACGACGACCCCGAGCGGUGCGCGAGGGAGCUCGUGAUGGAGGCGAAGCGGCUUGAGACGGCUGACAACCUCACCGUGAUCGUGGUCUGCUUCGUUUCGGAGCUCAGCUCGCCGCAGCAGGAGCAGCCGGCGAGGCCGAGGAGCUGCAAGAGCCUGUCGACGGAGGCGCUCUGCAACCUGAGGAGCUGGCUGGGGACUGACCACAGCUAGAGAGAGGGUGAGUGCUGAGAAGGGUAGCGUCGGUUCCCACCGUGUAUAUACCGCUGACACUGGUUGACAGAUCAUGAGUACUCGUUUCUAGUUUCCAUUUGUUGAGGCUGCGGAGUAGGCAGGUCAGCUGCAGCAGCCAGCAGUUUUGUAGGUUAUUUUUCUCGUUGUUCUUUUUACCCUUUAUUAGUCGCUGCUGUUAUUGUUAACACCACCUCUGUUGUACAUAUCUAUUGAAGUUGAUGUCAUUUGCGCGUUCCAA